AUGGCCUCUCUGUCUCUGAACGGCGGUGCGAAUGGCCACGCCAGCGACAGCGAGGAGCGCUUCGAGGACCCAGCCAAGGCUCUAGAGAUUCUCAAAUCCUCAUAUGGCCGCAAGGAUGGCAUCUCGGUGCACGAACUUAUGGACGAAACCAAGACUGGCGGCCUGACCUACAACGACUUCCUCAUGCUGCCAGGCUACAUUGGCUUCCCUGCCAGCGAUGUCGACCUCACCUCCAAAUUGACCCGCAACAUCACCCUCAAGACGCCCUUCACCUCCUCGCCCAUGGACACCGUCACUGAGCACAACAUGGCCAUCCACAUGGCCCUGCUGGGCGGUGUCGGUGUCAUCCACCACAACUGCUCCGUCGAGGAGCAGGCCGAGAUGGUCAUGAAGGUCAAGCGCUUCGAAAACGGCUUCAUCACAGACCCCAUCGUCCUCUCCCCGAAAGCCACUGUCGCAGAUGCCAUCGCCUUGAAGGAGAAAUGGGGCUUUGGAGGCUUCCCAGUCACCGAGAGCGGCCAGCUGAAGAGCAAGCUCAUCGGUAUCGUCACGCCACGAGACACCCAGUUCCAUGCCGAUCUCGAUUCGCCCGUUACCGACAUCAUGUCCACUGAGCUCGUCACAGCACAGCAGGGUGUCAGCUUGAAGGAGGCCAACGCCAUUCUCAGCAAGAGUAAGAAGGGAAAGCUUCCCAUCGUGGACAACUCCGGCAAUCUCAUCUCUCUGCUCAGCCGAAGCGAUCUGAUGAAGAACCUGAACUACCCUCUCGCGACCAAAGUGCCAGGCACUAAGCAACUGCUUUCUGCCGCUGCCAUUGGCACACGUCCGGCCGACAAGGAGCGUCUCGCUGCCUUGGUAGAGGCGGGUCUUGACGUUGUCAUCCUCGACUCUAGCCAGGGUAACUCGAUGUACCAGAUCGAGAUGAUUCGGUGGAUCAAGCAAAACUACCCCAAGCUAGAUGUCAUUGGCGGCAAUGUCGUGACUCGCGAUCAGGCUGCAUCCCUCAUUGCUGCUGGUGUCGAUGGUCUCCGUAUUGGUAUGGGUGCUGGCUCCGCUUGCAUCACGCAAGAAGUCAUGGCUGUUGGUCGUCCACAAGCGACAUCCGUCUUCCGCGUCACGGAAUUUGCCAGCAGAUUCGGCAUUCCAUGUAUCGCCGAUGGAGGCAUUCAGAACGUCGGCCACAUCGUCAAGGCCAUCGCUCUUGGCGCCAGCACCAUCAUGAUGGGUGGUCUUCUCGCCGCCACCACCGAAUCUCCUGGCGCAUACGUUGUUGGUCCCGAUGGUCAGCUUCGCAAGACAUACCGUGGUAUGGGCUCCAUUGACGCCAUGGAGGACAAGAAGGCCGGUGGAUCUGGUGACAAGGCCAACAACACUGCCAAGAACGCCGGUACCGCACGCUACUUUUCCGAGGGUGACAAAGUCCUUGUUGCUCAGGGUGUAUCUGGCUCUGUUCUCGACCGCGGCUCGGUGACCAAGUUCCUCCCGUACCUCAUGGCGGGUGUGCAACACUCUCUCCAAGACACCGGUAUCACCAGCGUAGAGGCACUGCAAAAGGGAGUGCGUGCUGGUGAGGUGCGAUUUGAAUUCCGAACUGCUUCUGCACAGGCCGAAGGUAAUGUGCACGGUAUGGUUGGCGUGGAGAAGAAGCUGUACAGUUAG